UUUAUUUUUCGUUCAGUUUCAGUGACAGUCGAAAAGUUCAUAAUAAUUUUUUGUUUGCCUUUGGAGUUGUGGAAUCGUGUAACAGAGCAGGUUCGCAAGUAUGUCCGGCGGAAAAUCACCAAUCGAGCUACUAUCGGGAACUUUCACCAAGUCAUGGCUACACGAUAAGUGGGCACCUGGAGCAGGAAGUGCGUUCGGAUUUCUUGCAGCGUGCUACGUUAACUGGGGCACCGGUCGCCCGAUUUUAAGUGGUAUCCAGAAACAUAUCAUUGCAGCGGUGUCCCUAGGAGCACUCGCAAUGACCGUCGACAAGUGGAGAAACGAAUACCUGGCCGAAAAGGACGCAACUUUGCGGCACUACAUUGAAUUGCAUCCAGAGGAUUUCCCCACUCCUGAGCGCAAACGGUUUGCUGAUGUCUUCGAGUAUUGGCAGCCCAUUCGCUAGGAACCAGUUUUUUUCUCAUUUCAUAGAAAGCGCCGCACGCCGAUGUCGAUAGAAUAGUGUUUAUCCCCUGAACAUAGAGGAACUGUUGCAAACAAGUGAGGUCAAUAAAAAUUGUAUAAACCAAAUAAACUUUUAUGCGCGAA